GCAGCUCUGAAUGAUGGUGUCAAUUUUCGACCUCACGAUAGGACUCCCACGUGCACACUCUCGGUACCAAACUGUGAUGCGUUUCUUGGCAUGUCGAUCUCCCGCUCUCGUACAUAAACUCAAAAGCACCUCACACGAAACAUUCAGGGCAGCGUACAAGCCGACAAGUCGGAGUCUUGCCAGCCAUGGCCACUUACCAGACGGUGAGCCGCACCGAUCUUCAGUCCCCCGCUUCUUCUCCUCGCUCGACACCCGACCCCGAUGUCACCGAACGGCUCCGCUCGCGCGCACUCGCCGAAUUCACAUUCACGACCCCGGACACGGAGAACUUUGAUGGCAUAGAUGGAGCUAGAGAGGAGGACGAGGAAGAUGAAGCUGAGCUGGUUCUCUUUGGUGGGCCAUCCGCCGCGUCAAAGUCGCACAAGAUUCGUCUCCAGUCGCCAGACGCAGCGACGGGAGAUGGCGGUUUUGUUGUGAAACGGCCUAGAAGCUAUUACUUUGCAGACGAAGAGAGCCGGAACAAGUAUUCAGAAUUCCGACAGUCGGCUAUCGAUGGGGAUACAGUGAUGGAACUGGCUAGAAUGCCUUGGCCGGGUUGUGCAAUGCCUUGGAAAGUAAAGACUAUAUCUUCUACGGGUAUCAAGAAGUGCGUGCUCGUAGGGCAUCCAAAGAUCCCGAUUACCGUGGAGGAGACGAGGCGUAAGCGUAGUAGGAAAGGGAAGAAAGCUAGGAUCGCGAUUAGGAAGCUGAUAAGGGCGAAAGAGAGUAAGAAGGCGGAGGAAGAAAGGAUCCAGAGGGAGAAAGAAGAAAUGGAGAGGGAGAAGAGAACACGGAAAAACAGGGAAAAGAAACUCAAGAGAAAGGCUCGCGAUAAGGCUAAGAAAGUGACCGAAAGUGACGCCACAGCAGUGACAGAGGAACCGAAGCAAACCAAGGAUGCUAGUCCUUGAGUUUUCCCUACUUUCCCCAUGAAACGCGCGACAGCCACCCAGCCGCCAACAUACAUACUGGUGCAUAAAAUCAGAGGAGCUUGUGCGAGUAAUGGCGUGGGUCUUCCAGCAAUUGUCAUUUCUCGAGAACGAGUAAAGGGCGUUCAAAGGGCGUUCAACACCCUAGAAUGCCCCGAUGCGCAAGAUCCAGGCGGGAGAA